AUGAGCAGUCGUUCAGAUUGGGUCCCCAUAGCAGCGGGAGUUAUUGUUGGUGCUGGUCUAUUGGCGUUGUUGUACAGUGCUGAACAGUUGGAUAAAGAGAAGCAAGCUGCAGCAAAAAGCCCACCAGCAAGAAGUCCCCCGGCAAGAAGAGUUCAAGCACGAUCUAGUAAUGAGUCACCUGGUUGGUUCUGGGGCUGGAAUUGGAAUUGGGGCUGGGAUUGGGGCUGGGUCUCGGGCUGGGCAGGGGACGGCAAAAAUUGGUUCCCCAUCCUAGGAGGUGCAACUUUGUUAGCAUUAAUGGCUUUUUUUUGUACAAAAACAUGGGCAAAAUGA